AAAAUAUUCCAAUUAACGCUAAUUUAAUAGCCUCCAAUAUACAAGCAUUUCCAUUUGUAGAAGCACACCUCAUUUCUUUCUGCUUACGUGUGCACAUAGUUGCAGGCGUCCCCUGAGAUGCCUAUGCAAUACUUCCAUAUUGACAACUGGACUCUUCCUUGUAGUUGAUUCGAGUUUAAAAAACAAGUUAUCUGCGGAUAAAUCUUUGUAAAAGCUGAAAAAAACAUUUGGAAAUUUACAUGUUUUUUCUUCAUCUGAUUAAGGUUUAACGAUACGUUGUUUUUGUCUGCUAUCUGGUCUCAGAAACAGUGUUUCAACAAGGUUUCCAUUGUUGCAGCUGAGAUGAUCAACAGUCUGUUCCUGAUUAACCACUCUGGAGACAUUUUCCUGGAGAAACACUGGAAGAGUGUUAUCAGUCGGAGUGUGUGUGAUUACUUUUUCGAGGCAAAGGAAAAAGCAAUAGAGCCAGAAAAUGUGCCCCCUGUCCUGCAGACUCCACAUCACUAUCUCAUCAGUAUAUACAGGGACAAGAUCUUCUUCCUUUCUGCCAUCCAGACUGAAGUGCCUCCACUGUUUGUCAUUGAGUUCCUGCACAGAGUUGGAGACACUUUCUUGGAUUACUUUGGAGAAUGUUCAGAAACUGUAAUCAAGGAUAAUGUAGUGAUUGUUUACGAGUUGUUGGAGGAGAUGCUCGACAACGGAUUUCCGCUCGCGACCGAGUCCAACGUCCUCAAGGAAAUGAUAAAGCCUCCGAACAUUCUGCGGUCUGUCGUCAAUACUCUAACAGGAGGUAGCCAUGUUGGAGACACUUUGCCAACAGGUCAGCUGUCCAAUGUUCCAUGGAGGCGAGCUGGUGUCAAAUACACUAAUAACGAGGCAUAUUUUGAUGUGAUAGAAGAAAUUGAUGCAAUUCUUGAUAAAUCAGGGACGACAGUAUUUGCAGAGAUCCAAGGGGUCAUUGAAGCUUGUGUGAGGCUUACUGGGAUGCCGGAUCUCACGUUGUCCUUCAUGAAUCCUCGUCUCCUGGAUGAUGUGAGCUUUCAUCCCUGUGUGCGGUUCAAGCGCUGGGAGUCGGAACGGGUUUUGUCUUUCAUCCCUCCAGAUGGAAAUUUUACGCUCAUGACGUAUCAAGUCAGCUCUCAAAAUCUUGUAGCCAUCCCGGUGUAUGUGAAGCAGAACAUCAGCUUCUUGGAGGCUGGAUCUUGUGGUCGCCUGGAUAUUACCAUCGGGCCCAAGCAGACCAUGGGGAAAACAGUGGAGGGCUUGAUGGUCACAGUCCACAUGCCUAAAGCUGUGCUCAGUGUCAAUCUCACAGCCACUCAGGGGACCCACACCUAUGAUCUUGCCACUAAGACUCUGGUCUGGGAUAUUGGAAAACUAAACCCCCAGAAGCUCCCAAAUUUACGCGGCAGUCUGAGUAUGCAGACCGGGGUCCCAAAACCUGAAGAGAACCCCUCUCUCAACAUUGACCUGAAGAUACAGCAGCUGGCCAUAUCAGGUCUGAAAGUGAGUCGUCUGGACAUGUACGGGGAGAAGUACAAACCCUUUAAAGGGGUCAAAUACUUGACUAAAGCAGGAAAAUUUCAGGUGCGGACUUAAAGAACGAUCUGAGGUCAGCAAUCCAGUGAGGCAAGUGCAUCGGAUAAGAAAUCCAAUGUGCUCGCUCUGCUGAUGACUCAGCUUUCCAAUAAGUCGAGUACCUGACAUUACUAAUGAAAUUUAUGCAGAUUAACAACUAUUUAUCUUGUGUUACAUGUAAUUUAUGUUUUUGUAGCGUGUAAAGGGAAGCUUUAACAAUCAAUGUGACCUUAUUCUACUGCCUAAAGUGUGUAUUUUGCUACAAUGCAUAGAUAACUCUUGACUUUAUUGCUGUUAUUUUUGUAAUUUAAUCCAGAAUUUUGCCUAAGGGAAAUGUCAAGCUUUGAAAAAUGAAAAUUCAAACUGAGUGCCUUUUUACUACACCUCCUGUUACCGGUAUUUGCCAAAAUACAGAGAAGUUUUUCAAAAAGAAACAUUUUGAAGUACAUUCAGUUUUGUGUGAUUCAUUUCUUUAAAAAAGAAAAAUCUAAUCAACUAGUUGCAGUUUAGGCACUUUUGCACAAAUCUGCUUUCUAAAUGUGGCCUUGUAGGAUCAGCACAAAACACACUACUGCCUUUUGAGGGGAAACUUUUCUCCAGCUUCACCAAGAGUUGCUAUUAUUAAUUCAUGCUUCAUGUUUUUGUGUCAAAUCACUUUUUCCAAAGUUUUGCAUCAAUUUGAAUGCAACCUAUCAAUAUUCUGCACAGCGUUUGCACAAUCAAAUAUCUUUGUGGAAAAUACUACUUGCUCCUCUUGUAUGGAGUUGAAUCUAUAUUCCAGUUUGUAGGACUUCUUAUUAAAACUUUAUACUAAUAA